AUGAGGUCCUUAUUACUUUUGUUCGUGUUUCUUCAAGGCAUCAGUCUUAUUAAUGGACAGAUAAUGGCUCCAGAACUCCCCCAGAAAUAUAACCAAAAGAAUUAUGGACUUCUUUUCAAAGGCACCAACAUGUGCGCUUAUAAGAAUGUUCAAAAUGACGCUGGAGUCGUUAGCAAAGCUUGGAUUUGUGGCCCAGUGGAUGGAAAAGAUAGCAAGAUCACUUAUGAUUGCUGCCCUGGAUAUAAGCGAACGUCUCUUGUGAAUGAUGAGUGCGUUGAAAAGACUCCUACUUAUAUGCCGAUCAUUUCAACACUCCAAGAUAUGAAGAGGGAUGAAACUACCGACGUUCUGCAACAACUAGAAUCGGAAUUGGAUAAGAAUGGAAAAGACUUCACAGUCUUUGCUCCUGAGGAGGAUUAUUCUAUUCAAUAUAUCAAAGAAAAUGAUGCCUUGAAUUUAAUCGUUCCUGGACGGUAUUAUUCAGGAUACUUCAAAAGUGGCACCGAUAUUCUGACAAAGACUGGCUACCCAUUAAAAAUUACCACUUACAAUAAUGGACUCGUCUUCGUUGAGUGUCAGCUACUUACAAAGCCGGAUUUCGAAACCUCAAAUGGUAUCAUUCAUUUUACCAGUGGGCCAAUCAGCGCUUCGAAGAGCUAUGGAUCAAUAAUGGACAGACUACAAUCUGAUCCCGAACUUUCAGAUUUUACAGCAAGUAUUCCAUCUGAUCUUCGAAGACAGCUUAGUGCUGCCAACAGUAAGGAAAGGUACACUGUAUUCGCCCCAAUCAACAGUGCCUGGUCUGCUGCAAAGAGGGAAAUCGGUGAUCCUCAGGGAGUUGCUGACCUUGUGAAGCAACACGUGCAAGAUUCCUUGAUUUGUGGUCUAUCGAUUGAUGAUCAGAAUAGACUUCUCGGUCCCUCCAGAGCCAAUACCUAUAUCCGCGGUAGUCAACAAGCCGAUGGAACAAGAAUUCUGAUAGAUUCCUGUGGUCGAAGAACAAAUUUUGUAAAAAUGGACAUGAUGGCAGGAAAUGGGGUGGUUCACAAACUCUCCAACGCUCUCCAGAAUCCUGGAUCAAUGAACCUGAAAGAUGCCUUGAAUUGCCUUGCAAACGGUCCGGAUAAGGAGCUGAAUCAAGCUGCUAAGGAAAUGGCUGGCUGUGGUAUUUCCCUUCAAUCAAGUGACAAUGCAGUAGUUCUACUUCCAACUUCCGAUGCUUUGGCCAAAUCCUCUGUUAGAGGUUGUGCUCUCUAUCAAAACCAUGUACUCACUUCCACUGACUGCAAAAUGAAAAACGGGCAUGGAAUUGGCACACCUCAAGAAUGUCACUACACCAGUCAAUAUGCAGCCUCCGGUGGUCGCCGUCCAACUUUCACUAAUCAGUACAUUCGCACUAGAGAGGGAAGCACUCUUCAUUUUGGCAAGGCAGAGACUAUCAACUUGAAACCAAUCGCCUUCCGUGGUGGUGUUAUAUUCUCAGUUAAAUCCACCAAUUCCCCACCGACUAAAACAAUGCUGGAAGUCAUUCGAGAGAAUCAACAACUCAGCGACACUUAUGAGAAGAUGCAAAAGGCAGGAUAUACUAGCAUCAUCAAUCAGCAAUCACCGAAUGUGAUCUUCUUUGCUCCCAUUAACCUUGGCUGGAAAAAUAGGGACAAGGAGAAUGCGUACAGUUCAAGUCAGCUGAGAACUCUCUUUGAGAUGCACACUAUCCCACACCAACUGAUCACCGGAGUGGAUGGAAAUAUUGAAUCGGAGACUGUUCAAGAAAUGCGAUCAAUUUCAGGCGAUACUUUGAAAAUCAAACGAACUUUGAACGGAAAUACAUUUAUUGGCUAUGAUGGCUUGCCAUUUGACCACUGGGCAUUGGCCUUUGGCGCUCCAAUCGUCGCUGUCGACGGCGUUGUUCAGGUUGUGGAUUGGCCACUUGUCUGUAAAAGGUGCUAA